AUGGAACUAUUAUUUGGAAUACAAAUAAAUUCUCAGAUGGUUAUGCCGAUCACAUUGAGCGGCAUAAAUCUGAAAACAAAAGUGGAGGAAUUAAAACGAGAAGCCGCGGGAAGAUGGAACCUAUCCAAGGAUUCAUUGGAAUUUAUUUAUUGUGGACUUAUACUUGAGGAUGAUGCAACAGUAGAAUCUAUUGGAUUGAAAAAUGGAUCGAUGAUACAUGCGCUGAAAAAAAAGGAACCAGAAUCACCAGCACCAAAUAGAUAUAUAUCAGAAGAUUCCAUCUUACAGUUGGCGUCAGCAUUCAAGUCAUUCAAUGAAAUGCCUGCAUUUAGAAGCGCUCUGCAUCGUUUAAGUAAAAGACCAGAGGUGAUAGACAAUAUUAUAUCUUCCUCUCCUGGAUUGCACGAGGACUCUGUUGCCAUCGCUAUGCUACAGGAUCCAGAUUUAAUGGCACAUUUCACAGAUGUUGAUACUGUCAAGAGAAUUGCAGAAUUACAUCCAGUGUUGAUUGAGGCGGCGCAAAAUAUUGCAGCGGCAGUUCAUGAGGAAGCGCAAAACGCUGCUUCCAGCGGCUCCUCCAGCAAUUCAGUGGCCAGUUCGCAACCUACGACUGCACGUUCUUAUAGCGUGGAUAACAUGAGUCUGGAAGAGGAGAUGGCGCGUGACAUCGCACACUUUUUUGCCACACAUCCUGUAAACGACAACAACUUGCGUUUCCCUAAUAUACCGGCCCCAGCAAAUUCGCAGACGUUACAACGACCGGAAAAUCCGCCAUCCUCUACAUCUAGUAGUGGUAAUCAAUCCGGAACUGGCAAUCAGAAUAUCGGCGUGAUUACAUCUCAAAUGUUUAUGGAAGCGAUGAGACAAGCCGCGAUCGCGACUAAUCCAAAUCCGCAGCAGGCAACUGCAUCUCCAGUAGCUUCCUUGCCACCGAUGUUACCGCCAUUUUCACCACCGGUCACUGAUUUGCAGCGGCAGUUGGCGCAGAUGCACGAGAUGGGUCUCCAAGAUGACACGGUAAACAUUCAGGCACUGCAAUUCACCAACGGUGACGUGCAGGCAGCGAUCGAACUCGUAUUUAGCGGUUUCAAUGAUAAUUAA